CCAAGUCAAGCUGGUAGCACUAAAGAAUCAGUUCUGUGGUACAUUAUCGUAGCGUUAUUUACAAGGGAGAGUCGACAACUACAUGCAAUUAAGGUAAAUAUAUAAGGAAAAUAUGAAGUUUAAAUAGAUUGGUGAUUGUUCAUAUAACCAGUUUGGGAGCCGAAAAAAGUCUACUUUCCGAGCUAACUUAAUUGCGAAUUGGCUGUUCCGCUGUCGACACAAACUGUAUCAAACUAAAGCCCCAGUCAAACGAGGAUGAGAGUUGAUGAGAGUGGGCAUGCAGUCACGUAUUUCUUAUAUAUAUAGGGCGGACAUUUCAAGCUCUAGUUUAAACAAAUAAAGGUUUAACGAGUGUUCUAACUAUGAGUUUGGCAUUAAAAAGAGUUUGCAUUAAAACAGCUAACCUUAGUGUGACUGCCAACUCGCAUGCGCUCUCUCAUCCUUGUUUGCUACAGGAUUCAUUAAGCUAUAAAUUUACUUGAAAUGGAUGCUUCUUUUUCACUAUACUCUCCGUAAAGCCCCAGUAACUCAGUAAGAAUGCCCUUACUACAUAGUCCAUUGAUACUCUCGGCCGAUACUGUUGAAGGAAAAUCUAUAUACUGACUAUAUAUAAACCAGGCUUAUUUAUACUGGUAACCCUAUCAGUCCUACCAGGAAGAAUUAUCUAUAGGGAAGACUAUCUAUGGGGAAGUUGGUUUGAAGUUUAAUUUAGUUUAGUUUAAUUUAUAUAGUUAUCAAACGAAAACUUGUGGGACUAAUGGACAUUUCCCAAGGACAAAUUGAUUAAAUUUUGGUUAAAUUUGGAGUAACAUUCGAUGAGAAAUUAGAAAGAGUUCGUCUUACUUCCCGUUUGUUUCGUUUUGCAUUGCUGAAUGCGUAAUUAACCAUUUUCAUAGUUUAAUUUAUGCAUGAGACAUAACUAUGCAGUCUUUGAAUGGACCUAUUCCCUAAUGAACAAAAUUUUGAUCUAGACAAGUCUAGACAAAAAUUUCAUCACAGCUUGAAAGAGCGUCACAAAAUUAGUAAUAUUCCGAAGUUUCGUUGCGAAAUGUUGUAAAAUGCGGAUAAUAUAGCCCUGCGAAGUUUGCCGUUUUUCAGUCAUUUUGUAUUACGCACGGGAAAUUGAUACCGCUUUCUGAAAAAAGGUAUCAAUUUCCCGUGCGUAAUACAAAUAGACUGAAAAACGGCAAACUUUGCAGCGCUAUAUUAUCCGCAUUUUACAACAUUUCGCAAAGAAACUUCUGAAUAUUACUAAUUUUGUGAUGCUCUUUCAAGCUGUGAUGAAAUUUUUGUCUUCACUUGUCUAAAUUAAAAUAUUGUUCAUUAGGGAAUAGGUCCAUUAUAAGACAUUUUGAAAUUAAUUUGGUUUUUUUGUAGUCCCUAAUUCGAUUGUGAUCUUUACCAAACUGCAUUAAAAUGGAUCCCACUAAAACGAAUUUUCCUCGACUUUCUUCGCCCACCGCUGAACUAAAACCUCAAUAUGACGUGGUCGUUGUGGGCUCAGGUUAUGGUGGCUCUAUCGCGGCAUGUCGCAUUGCAAGCACGGGGAAAUCUGUGUGCUUGCUGGAGAAAGGAAAGGAGUGGUUACCUGGGGAGUUUGCCGAGACAUUCAUACACGCAGAACGUGAUCUACACGUGCAUUUUGGUGCCCAAAAGUUUCACACGGGUAUGUCCAUGGGUUUUCAGUAUUUGUGUCAAUUCUAGAUUUUCCACUGAUUUCAUGGAUAGAGCAACUUUUUGAAUUCAGGGAAUGAAUUUGAAGCCAGAAUAUUUAUAAUGAGGAGGGAUUUUUAAAUCUGUCACAUUCCCUACGAAUGAAAUCGUAACAUAUGUUUAAUAUAGUUAUACUAUCAAGC